GCGCGUGUAUGCGGGGCGUGGCUGAUGGGGCGAUGACGUCGGCGUCGGUUGGGCGGCCGCGCCUCGCGGAGGGAAGAUGGCGCUGAACUCGACCAACCCGUCGCAGCUGCUGCCGCUCGAACUGGUGGACAAAUGCAUCGGCUCACGUAUUCACAUUGUCAUGAAAAAUGACAAAGAAAUUGUAGGAACACUGCUAGGUUUUGAUGAUUUUGUCAACAUGGUACUUGAAGAUGUCACAGAAUUUGAGAUCACACCAGAAGGAAGAAGAAUCACAAAACUGGACCAAAUCUUAUUGAAUGGAAACAACAUAACUAUGCUUAUACCUGGUGGUGAAGGCCCUGAAGUAUGAAUGGAUCCUUCUGACUUUCAGCUGUGAAGUUUUGAAUUUUUAGUUUUGAGUUUUUGUGUUUUGACUUUCUAAAAUUUAAUUUCAACAUAAUUUCCAAACAUUUGCUAAUAUUUUGUAUGUUGAGCAAAGAGUGGACUGUCUCAGAAGAGGUGAAUCAUGACUAAGUAUAUAUAAGUUUUUUAAAUAAAAAUAAAAUGUUCUAUAAGUUA